AUGGACCCCGUACCCAAUGUGGAAGACCCACAGUCAUCGGUUGAAACUGAAAGUACUGUGAGCAAUGUGAAUAUUCCAGAUACUUCACCUACAGAGACCGAACACACUCAAAUCUCCGAGCCCUCACCUCCGACAACUCAAUCUACACCAAUUCCACCUGCGGAAGAGGUUGAACACGCAUACUGGGCCGAGUACGAGGAGGAUACAACCACUCCAGAUGAGGAUGAGAUGAAAGAGAUCGACGGAGGCGAUUCAGAUUAUAGUGCCUGUGACCACAAGUAUUGGGAAACCAAUUUCUUCCGGGAUUUGGGCGAUCCCGAGUACGUUCCAACCGAAAAGGCCCGUCUAACAUGGACCUUCAAGGGUGUACGAGGUACCCCGGAAAACCCCAAUCGAAACAAAGUCAUUCGAUCCCCUGCAGCAUUCGUUGGUGGCUAUUGGUGGCGGAUUAAGUUUUACCCUCGGGGCAAUAAUGUCAACGCACUGAGUGUAUAUCUGGAGUGUUCUACCACCAUGCCUUCCCCAGAUGAGAGUCUCCCCGAGAUGGAAUUCUCCAUCCGCCGGGGUGCUGCCGAUUCUGCACUUGAUGACACCACCCCAGAAGUAGAAUUGAAAUCCGGGGCCACGGACGAUUCGGUAGCAUGGCUUGAGGGCUACAAGUCUCAGUACCUGGCAGCCAGGGAUGCCGCCCGGUCAGUUGACAGUGAAACUGCCAGUUCGUGGCGUGUGCCUGCACAGGUCGGCGUCAUUGUAUACAAUCCAGAGGAACCACGCACAGGAUGGAUGCAGUCAUCCUGUCAUCAAUUCAACCCACAUAACUUGGACUGGGGGUGGACUUAUUUCCACGGCCCAUGGGACCAUAUUCACACUCGUCGACGAGGUCAGCACCGUGCUCUUCUGAACAACGAUACGCUUUCCUUUGAUGCGUACAUCCGGGUGGUGAAUGAUCCCACCAAAUCUCUUUGGUGGCAUCCAAGUGAUUCCGAACCUACUUGGGACAGCAUGGCCUUGACUGGCUAUCGACCUCUGGGAGAUUCAAUCAUCAACCACAGCCCAGAGGUGGCUGGGCUAGCCUCGUGGUUGCACAUCGCUCCAUUCUGCAAAAUUAUCCAAGGUGUUGAUGUGCUUGAACAUCUCACCAAUGCCGACACCAGGCCCAAGCCUUUGUGUGAUUCCCUUCAAAGGUUGUUGUGGCAGCUGCGCCGCCAGACACUUUCCCAAAGCUAUGUGGAUACCGAUGGAGUGACUACAGCUUUGCGGAAUUUGCACGAGUUUUCAAGUGAUGUGUCUGAAUUCUGGGAGAGGCUGCGCCGCACCUUAGAGCUGGAGCUUGCGGGUACGGAAUUUGGAAAGCAACUCGCCCAAUUGUUCGACAGUCCGAUCGUCAACGCACCAUCAGCUGACGGUGAAACUAUUGUGAACAUGUUGCCUACAGAGUUCAACUCGCGCCUAUAUAUGCCAAUCGAUCAAGCCAAAUCCACCUCAGAGGCUGUCAGCGGCUAUCUGGAUGCUAAGCCUGGCCGUUGGUCGCUCCCACCACUACUGCACAUUGAGUUCGGCCGUCAUACAUUGGACAAGGCCAAACGUUGGCAACUUCGAUACGACAAAGUUGCUCUGGACGAGGAGCUAGAUCUGACACCGUGGGUGGUUGACGGUCAGGGUAGCAAGUAUGUUCUGUAUGGAUACAUUGUUCACCGUGGCCGCCGUACCUCAGGCAAGUUCUUUAGUAUUCUUCGGCCAGCAGGCCCGGGUACCACAUGGCUCGCUUUUGAUGACGGCAGCGAUAACCGCGUGGAGUGCUUGACUCAGAAAACAGCCAUGGGCCCUCAUCUUGGUCUAGAUUCUUCACAGAAAGUGGAUCACAAGAAGGGACACGACGUACCCGUUGUGGCAAUGUAUGUCCGCGGCGAUAUGGUUUCUAAUAUUUUGCCUGGUUCUCAGGGUCCGUGGGAAGUCCCCGAGGCUUUGAAAGAGUACUACGAAACAGGCGUCUACCACGCCUGUGACAAGUCUACAGAUGAUGUCCAGGUUGAGGUUUAUUCGCUUCCCCAAUAUGACCAAUUGACCAGCCUAUUCGACUCCAACGAGCUCAUGGCUCAAGCCAAAGCGUCAGAUAGUGUUAUGCACAUGUCUUUGCCGCGCACAACACGCCUGGCCGAGCUACGCAAAAAGAUCGCUGUGUGGAAGUCCUCAAGCUCCGAGUCAAUCAGUCCCGAGCGAGUUCGUUUCUGGCAGAUUGGCAACUCAUUCGCACAGUCUGCUUCAUCACUCUCACUUGACCGCACAACCGAUUUAAAUGUCCCCUUGGAUCCAUCUUUGAACAUAAUUCGAUUCUGGAUGGAAGUUAUCUCUGAAGAAGAUGCUGUGUUCUUUGCCAUCCCGGAUCCUCCUGCGCCCAUUUCUUUGGAGGAUAAACCUGAUGAUCAUCUGGUUGGCACCUCGGGAUAUGAAGCCUUGGAGAAUGCAUCUUCAUCCGUGGUAGAAGGCGAUGCUAUUGCUAGUUCAUCGGAAAGCACCCCUCCAGGCGACGUUGGUCUUCCAGACACAUCAAGCCUAGUCAUUGAUGACAGAUCGCUACCUCCAUUGGCCGCAAUAUCUUCAGAGAAUGAUGCUUUCAAUACUGAGACCGAGGAGAAUGAAGCGAAUUCACCUCCCAACGCCCCUCAUGAUUCACAAGACUCAGCAUCAACAGAGGCCACGAGCUCUGCGCCUCUUCCUUCUGAGAGUGGGUUAUCCACGCCAGAAGCUGUUCCUCAGGCCCCUGUUGAGCCCAGAGUAAAGCUGCCUGUUGGUCACGCGUAUUACUUCAUUCAAAUGUUCGACGCGGAUAGCCAAGUCCUACGCACUGUGGGUUCAUUUUUCUCCAAGCUUGACGCCAACGUCAAAGCUUCGAUUCGACGCCAUUUGAAUCGACCCAUACGACAAGAUUUUCUAAUGUGGAAGCGAGUCGAUGGCACCACUGUUACCACAGUGUCACCAGCUGAUAGCUUCGACGAUGUUGUGGCUCCACACGGAGCGUGCUUCAUCGUCGGAGACAAGUUGACCAAGGACAAGCGUUCUCAGCUUGCAUCUUUGGGAUUAUUAACUCACCCCGACCGUCUGGUCCAGUACCUAUGGGCCAAUUCUCGCGGCCAUCCAGUCCAAGGCUUCACCGGCACCAAAAUCAUGGAAGCCACAUUCACCAACGACUACUACAGUGGCGAUUUCAUGAAGGGUCACUACCACGGUAGAGGUACACACAUCUCCAGCACGGGAAUGGUCUACGAAGGCGACUUCGUCUUCGGCCGACGUCACGGUCAAGGCAAACUAGUCUAUCCUACGGGCGACUCAUACGACGGCGAUUGGAUCGAAGAUGUAUGCCACGGGCAAGGAACAUAUAUCGAGAAAACCACAGGCAACAAGUACGUUGGUGGAUUCAAGGAUGGCAAACGUCAUGGCAAGGGAAUCAGCUACUGGGAGGUAGCCGAUGCAGAGUUGGAUCUAUGUCAGAUAUGCUACACGGAAGAGAUGGAUGCCGUGUUCGCCGAAUGUGGUCAUCUCUGCUCUUGUGUGACGUGUGCUAAUCUUGUAAACCUUUGUCCGAUGUGUCGAAAAGAGGUCAAGAAGGUCAUCAAGGUUUAUCGGGCAUAG